AUGGUAGAUAUCCGAUUACGAUAUUCUCCAGUGACGAUGGAAAACCCAACUAAGCAAAGUUUUGCCAUUAUCAUAAAAAUAUUGAAAAUUGUUCGAUGGUAUCCUACUGAAAAUAAAUCCAAGUUGUAUCUAGUGCAAGCUUAUAGUUUAUAUUUUCUUAUUCUCGUCGUUGGUAACGUAUUGGUGGCGGUGCAAAUGUUAGUAAAAAAAGGAUACGACGAUAUUAUGCAAAUUAUAUACAUAAGUGAAACCAUGUGCUACAGUUUCAAAGUUCUGCCGUUUUUGGGCGGAAAUGAGCGCAUAAAAAAGUGCAUUGGUUACUUUGAUGGAGACGAAUUUCAGCCACAAGACGAGACAGAAAAGAAAAUUCUAGACAAAAGUGUAUUCAUUUGUCAAAUGAUGUCGAAAUUUUAUAUUGUUGGUAUUUCAUGUUCGGAAGUAUUCUAUGCAAUUCCUGCAUUAUUGUCAGAUGGACCGGAAUUACCUUUGCCAAUUUGGCUGCCGUUUCCUCUCACCUCACGUUCAACGAUCUACUACAUCAUAUAUUUUUAUCUAUACAUUGGUGUGGUAUAUUCUAGUUUUGCUACUUGCUUACUGGAUCCGUUAAUCGGGGGACUCGUGUUUCAAGCUGUCACCCACUUAAGAAUUUUAAAACAUAGAAUACAGAAUCCGCGAAACUUAAUAGAAGACAGGUCUGUCAAAACUUUGCUUCAAACUGAUAUUUAUCAAAAAGUAGCCGCGUGUGUUGUGCGCCACAACGCAAUACUCAAAUUUGUUAAGGAGUACGAGGAGUGUUUUUCCUGGACUAUAUUUAACCAAUUUUUGGGAACGGCGACCGUGAUAUGCUUCCUAUGCGUUGCGAUUGUCACGGUGCCUCUUGCCAGUGUUGAUUCGAUUAAAUACAUUUGCUUCUUUUUUAUGGUUAACUGGCAAAUACUGUUUUAUUGCUACUUUGGAAAUGCGCUAUAUGAAGAGAGUGACACUCUUGUGACCGCUAUUUAUUUAAGUCAGUGGUAUGAAUAUCCUGUUGAAGCGCAAAAACUCCUAGUUACUUUAAUGGAACGGUCUCAACAGCCUAUAAUCCUUAGAGCCGAAAAACUAUUAGAUUUAACCCUAAAUACUUUUACAGCAAUGCUGAAAAAAAGCUACUCUUUUGUGGCUGUAUUAAAAUAGAUGGGUAGAAAAUUAUGUCACGGUCAAUACAAAC